CCGAAUUAGCAAAAUACUCUAAUUCUCGUUCCUUUUGUCGAUUGAUGAAUCACAAUAACAGAGAAACACACGAGCACAAAGCUAAAUUGUUGUAAAAAUGGUACGAAUCUAAUAGUUUUUAUCAGUUAACUAUGCUUGCUAGUCUAGUUUAGUGUUAGUUCUGCUGUGUAGGUUUUUAUCCGAUUACUUUGCUUAUACCAAAAGUAUUUUUACACAUUUUGUAGAGUAGCAAAUUAGCAACUAUUCAUUUAUUCUGUACCACGAGGAGUAACUGGAUUUUAGUUUUGAAAUGGUAGAUCUGAAUAUCAUAGCAUAUUCUAUCUUUUUGCAAGGAGGCAGUGGUCAAAUUUUGAUUAUUUCAAUGUUUUUGAGCAAGGCAUCGUGUGGAGAAUUUUUGGUCGAACGUCUCUGGGUCUCCAUGAUACAGUUUCAGAUGCCAGCUCUAAUAUGGAUACCUUUCCAUUACAGACACCGCUAAUACAGACAGCGUCCAAUUUCCCGGCAUCAAUAAUUCUACUAUAUUUUCUUUAAAAAACCUGUACACACACCUCUCUAAUACAGACAGUUUGCUAUCCAGCGCCAGUACUAAAGAUAUCAGAAUGUAUAUCGCGCCUUUACCAGAGUCCGCUGCUCGUUUUGGGCUCACAAGUAUCAACGAUGAUGCUUUCCUGAGUAUACCUACACUGUACCCAACAUUGAGGCCUUAAGCUUAACAAUUUCGAUUAAAAAUCAAUUAUGUUUUUUGCAGUGGAAAUUUACGAGCUUGUUGGUGGCAUUCAUCUCAUUGUAUGGUUGCUGUACAGCGGAUACCUCUGAAUCGGCGCAUCUUUUAGUGUCCAAACGAGUCCUUAACGAGUAUGUCGUUGAAGGACGAGACCUUACAGUUAGUUACGCAAUUUAUAAUGUUGGUUCGAGCCCAGCGACAUCAGUAUCAUUGGUAGAAGAGACGUUUAAUUCUGAUGAUUUUGAAAUUGUCAGUGGUCAAUUGUCGGUCAGAUGGCAAAGCAUUGCACCGUAUCCUUUUUACAUUAUGUCACCAUUGAUUAUUAUUCCUGCUGUGUUGGAUAUGAAAAAAUUGCUUUCGGUUCGACUCUACAAAACACCAUAGGUUAUCUUGUGUGUGGUAACGUUUUGAGAGUUUUUUAUCAUGUGUGCCAUCAGCACAGAAUAUUCAACAUGUUGAAUCAUUUUUGGCUGACGAUUUCCUCAUAAAAAUGGCAGCAAGUACUGUAUUGAUAACAAAUUUGACCAUCGAUAAGGGAUGAUCCUUACUGGACCUGUUUGGAGGGCACAAUAAUUACAUAUAGAAUGUGCAACACAGUAUCAGAUUUUCCUUAAUAAAUUCUAGAGGUGCUAAUGUCUCCCAUAAUAUCAUUUUGAAACCGUUGCGAUCGGGCGUGUUCAAUAUUACUGCUGCCAUGGUAACCUAUCAACCGAGCGAAGAUGCUGAACAACAAGUGAGAUAUCUCUUUGACAAUCUUUGAGUGAUGAUCAUCGAAUGGUCUAGCUUCGGCCGUACGUUUAUUCGUAGUUCUUGAAUUAUUUCAUAGGUUGUAUAUUCUACAGCAUUUGGUGAGACAUACGUCAUGGACUCCAAGACAUUUAACAGGAAACACGCUCCCCAUGUCGUAAGUACUAAAAUUCUAGAAAGAAAUUCUAUUUGGCAGAAUUACACAGACUUUGCUGAAAUGUUGUCAACUUCAGAAAUGCUUGCCUCUCGCUACGAAACCACUACAUAUAAUGAAAUGAAAAUAAAUAACAUUUUCUCAGUCCGAUAACAAUUCCUAAUCUAUGAUGUAACACAACCUAAGUCAGCAUAUACGUCUAUAAGCUUGCUCUUUUCAUCAGUCUUGUACCUGUUGAAGGCCACAGUCUGAUGGCCAAAAGGUUGUCAAAAUAAAUUAUUUUUGAGAACGACUCCUAUUAUGUUUGUGAUGUUACUCUGAGUGUAUAUCCACACUGGGCAAGCUUGAAAAAUAUGCAUGGCCACGGUGGGAAUCGAACCUACAACCUUUGGAAUACUAGCCCAAUGCCAACUGAGCUAUGUUGUCAGGAUGGUUCAAGUAUGUGAUAUUUCGGAACAGAAUCUAGUUCCUUCGAUACCAGUGUAAUCUAGUAAUAUCGACUACUAUUCCAAAGGUCGUAGGUUUGAUUCCCACCGUGGCUGGGCAUAUUUGUCAAGCUCGCCCGGUGUGGAUAUACACUCAGAAUAACAUCACAAACAUACUCACCUAAGUACACAAUACCAACACAGAAAAAAACAACUCCUAUUUGUUGUACUAAAAGUGUUUAUGAUUUCCAUGUAGUUGGACUGGGGUAUAUUUGGCUUGAUGACAAUUCCAACGAUAUUCCUUCCGUAUGCAAUCUGGUACUCAACGCAUUCCAAGUACGACGGUUCGAAGGCAAAGAAAUUGUGAUCCCUGGUGAACUGUAGGAUUUUAACUUUGGGUGUGUUCCUCUGUUAGUGAUAUUAUUUAAAAAAUUGUGCUUUUUCACAACUAAAAGCAUUACGUUUUAAAAGUUCAAGUACUGUAUUACUUUUGGAUAAUCAA